AAAAAGUAAUAAAGUAAAGAAAGUAAAAUAAUAAAGUAAAAAGUAAAGAAAUGGAUUCAUACGCCAAGUCCCCUUUAGAGUUGGCUUCUCUCACUUGCAUAAUGCCUUUUCGAUUUAUCCAUAGUGUUGAGGGCAGCUGGGUGAUCUUGGCUCACGGAAGCCUCGCCCUCCCAGGCUCAAGAAAUCCUCCCAUAUUUGUCAGCCUCUCAUUAGCUGGGACUGUAAGCCGGCCCGGGGCGCAGGGGGUGCGUAGGGGGUCGCAGCCAGCUCCAGGGGGGCGCCAUCGCAGCCGCCGCGGUCGCGAGACCCCCGCCGCCAUUAGUCCGCCGACGCUGUCGCCAGAACCCCGCCGCCGCCGCCAUAACCGCCAUGGGCAACGUGCCCGCCAAGGACACCGAGCAGAAGGUCGUGAAAGAGUUCAUAGCCGGAGCCAAAGAAGAUUUCCUCCGUAGAUGGGAACGCCCGGUUCAGAACACCGCCCGCUUGGAUCAGUUUAAACUGCUCAAGACGCUGGGCAUCGGCUCCUUCGGGCGGGUGGUCCUGGUGAGUCACCGGGAGAGCGGCAGCCACUAUGCCAUGAAGAUCCUCAACAAGGAGAAGGUGGUGAGACUGAAACAGGUCCAGCACGUCCUGAACGAGAAGCGCAUCCUGCAGGCGAUCGACUUUCCGUUCCUCGUCAAGCUCCAUUUCUCCUUCAGGGACAACUCCAACCUGUACCUGGUGAUGGAGUACGUGCCGGGUGGGGACAUGUUCUCCCACCUACAGCGCGUCGGAAGGUUCACAGAGCCCCAUGCCGGUUUCUAUGCCGCCCAGAUCGUCCUGGCCUUCCAGUACUUGCACUCGCUCGACCUCAUCCACCGCGACCUGAAGCCCGAGAACACCGUCAUCGACCAGCAGGGCUACCUGCGGGUGACCGACUUCGGUUUCGCCAAGCGCGUGAGGGGCCGCACUUGGACCCUGUGCGGGACCCCAGAGUACCUGGCCCCCGAGAUCAUCCUGAACAAAGGCUACAGCAAGGCCGUGGACUGGUGGACCCUGGGGGUGCUCAUCUACGAGAUGGCCGUGGGCUUCCCGCCCUUCUACGCCGACCAGCGGAAUUCCGUCUUCCAAAACAUCCUCUCCGGGAAGGUGCGGUUCCCCUCCCACGUCAGCUCUGACCUCAAGGACCUGCUGCGGAACCUGCUGCAGGUGGACCUCUCCAAGCGCUUCGGGAACCUCCGGAACGGGGUCGGCGACAUUAAGAACCACAAGUGGUUCCCCAAAACCAGUUGGAUCACCCUCUGUGAGAAGAAGGUGGAAGCUCCCUUCAUCCCGAAGUUCGAAGGCCCUGGGGAUGCCAGUAACUUUGACAACUACGAGGAGGAAGAGAUCCGCAUCUCCAUCAAGGAGAAGUAUGCCAACGAGUUUUCUCAGUUUUAA